AUGCUAUUUUCCAACUCUAUUCAGCCCGGUCUCGUCUCACUAUAUUCCUCUACGGGCUCCGAUCCUCUCUAUCUCUGGUCUUCUCACGUAGACGCAGCUCUUGCCUCUGACUCUUUCAUCACUCACCUGAACGAUGCCGAGUCUCUUCCACCGCCAUCACCACCGAAGCAACUGUUAUCCCCGCCCUCCCUCGAUCAAUCGACCGCCUCUGACCCGCAGACGGAGGAAAGACCCGGUCACGAAUUAGACCAAACGGUCUUACACAUACAGUCUCCUACACUGCGGACGACGUAUAUCAGAUGUCCACCGGAAGGUUGGACAACUCAUCAAGCUAGUACUGGGAGGGGUAUCGAUCGCAAGCUUGGGAGGAAGGGGGAUCUCGGGUUGAAGCACCCUUGGAUGUAUGUGCAGGUUCGGAAUCUUGCUAGGGAAUGGUCGUUCGAAGUUGGAUUGGUCGACCAGGGCGGUAGAGAGGGUAUUGUAAGAUGUUCAACCUUCCAGCACGAAGCAAAGUUAACGCUCAGGCCCACUCACCCGCCCCUCCUACACCUCCCUCUUUCCUUCCCCGCUGCCACCCAAACUACGCUGACCGCUUGGUCCACAAUUUCACUCAAUCUUCCUUCUCUGCUUCCACACUUUUCUUCCGCCAGCCUGAUCGGCCGUCACGACGACUCUUCGGAUGAAGACGACGACGAGGAUGAUGGCGGAAUUGCGACUGCGCCUACGGGGAGUAUGCCGCUCCCUAGUUCAAAUUUCUCCCAUGUGGCGUACGUGAAGAUUUAUGCGACGUGUAGGCUGAGGAGGGUGUGGUUCAGUGAGGGCGGGCCGGGACAGAAGUUACCAUGGGAAUUUGAGCUAUAUGGCACUUCUUGA